AUGAUGUUCUUCAUGCUGCUGCUUGAGGUGAUUUGGAUCCUGGCUGCAGACGGGGUCAGCGAAAGGUCCAGGGCGAGAGCAAAAAGCAAACGAGGGAAGUCAGAUCUGAAUCCCAAGGCCACUUCGCAAGGGGCCCCACAGAGACCCCGCCCUCCAGGACUAUUUUAUUUUUCCUGCUCCUCUAAUCCUCCCCUCUGGGUGUGCGGGUGUUCUCUCCGUCCCCUCUUCCUCUCACUCAGCUUUCUCCUGCUCCUCACACUACAGGUAAGUAAAAGCCACCACCCCGCAUUUAUCGGGGUAGGUGGCGGAGACGGCAGUGCCAGGUCCAGAAGGGACUCCUACCUCCCCCAGCCCCGCACACCUGGGUCUUCGCCUGGGUGGAGGGAAGUGCUUUUUUACCUCCACAGAGACGUCUGGGGCUGGAGGGCAGGACAAACGACCACGGUGCCCACCCCUCCAGGCCCACAUGGUCAACACCACUGGCAAGCCUCUUACCCGGAGUGUGGAAGCCACGCCCAGUCCCCCAUCAACAUCCAGACAGACAGAGUGACUUUCGAUCCAGAGUUGCCCGCUGUGCAGCCCCAUGGCUAUGACCAGCCUGGCCUCAAGCCUUUGGACCUGCACAAUAACGGCCACACAGUGCAACUCUCUCUGCCCCCUUCCCUGUACCUGGAGGGGCUUCCCCGGAAGUACGUAGCUGCCCAGCUCCACCUGCACUGGGGCCAGAAAGGAUCCCCGGGCGGGUCAGAGCACCAGAUCAACAGUGAAGCCACAGCGGCAGAGCUGCACAUCGUACAUUACGAUUCCGAAUCCUAUCACGCCUUGAGUGAGGCUGCUCAGAGGCCACAGGGCCUGGCUGUCUUGGGCAUCCUCAUCGAGGUGGGCGAGACUAAGAAUCCAGCUUAUGAACACAUUCUGAGUCACUUGCAUAAAAUUAGGUAUAAAGGUCAGAAUACCUCAGUGCCUCCCUUCGACGUGGGAGGGCUGCUCCCCCCGCUACGGGCACAGUUCUUCCGCUACAAUGGCUCCCUCACCACACCCCCCUGCUACCAGAGUGUGCUCUGGACAGUCUUCAGUCGCAGGGCCCAGAUUUCAUUGGAACAGCUGGAAAAGCUUCAGGAGACCCUGUUCUCCUCGGAGACCGACCCCUCCGAGCUCCUGGUGCAGAACUACCGAGCCCCCCAGCCGCUCAAUCAGCGACCGGUCUUUGCCUCUUUCAUCCAAGCGGAAUCCUUGUACACCACAGGUGAGAUGCUGAGCCUAGGAGUGGGAAUCUUGGUCGGGUGUCUCUGCCUUCUGCUUGCUGUUUAUUUCAUCGCUAGGAAGAUUCGGAAGAAGAUGCUGGGAAACCAGAAGAGUGUGGUCUUCACCUCAUCACAAGCCACCGAGGCAUAGACCCCCUCUCAGACAUCAUGGACGCCUUCCCCGCAUGCCUAUCAGGGAGCUUCUAGAGUGGGGUGCAGGAACUGGCCAGAAAACUCUGUAGGAGUAGCAGGCAGACACCCCUCCUUCCUCCACACGGCCCCUACAGAGAGGCAUGGACAGACAGGCUCUUGUUCAAGUAACAGCCAAGCCUUCGUGCAGAUCAGAAGAUGCCCAGGCUGACAGUGCAGGGGGCAAACUGUGCUUAGUUGUAGAGGAAGUUGGCACUGUGCCCCACCCCCUCUCCUUUAUGUCCCUUUCCCUAGAUAUGGACAAGAUAUUCCCUUAGGGAAAAGGGUUGCUGUUUGGGGGAGAGGGGGUUUAUUUUUGCUCAAUGUAUCUGAAGAUUAAAGUUUCUGACCCCACCGCUGGCCUUACCUUUGGGGCUCUUAA